AUGGGUGUCCCAGUAAGACUGACCAAUGUAUCUGUUCCUAACGGUGGUCUCCAGUCACAUGACAUGAGAGUGCUUCAGCUUCUUCGCAUGAUCUGCAAUGGAACACUGGCUGCAAACACAGGACUGUCCACCGUGACAUACAUCCCUGGAGAGUUGUUGACUGGGCACUUCUCAGCUGAAGCUGGGAGAUUAGGGUAUGUUGCAAUAUCCACAUACAAAUUCUUGCGUCUGAUUCCAUACAUUUUCUUACAGAACUAGUUGAGAAAAUUUGUUUAAUGAUCACUGAAUUUUUCCUUUUAACUCUCAUAACUUUCUUGCUUGAUAUGUAUUGGUAUGGUUAGGAGAAAAUUGAUAUUGGUCAUUAUACAUGUAAAAAGAAAGUAGCAGCUGCAAUGACAUGUUUAAACUCAGGUGUUACAGACACGGAGGGAAAGGGGUACAGUGUCCGAAAAGCAGAUUACUCUGUGAAUUGAAAAUGAAUUUUGCAGGUCAUUCUUUCUCGGCAAGGAUUUGCCAAAUAUUUUUACUGAUUAAUUGAACUGACAAUAAUUACAUUGUAUUACCAAUUACAUCCCUCGAAACUAAAAAUUUAAAAAUGUAGUCCUGACUAGCACAGCUACAAAAUCUGCCAGCCUGAGGCUACAGUGCAUAUGUGCGCAUGUAUUCCACUAACCUCAUUUUGUGGCGAGGCCUUACACAUCUCUUCACAUUUUUUACACCGCCAGUGUAAGACGAAAUUGAAAUGGACAGACGGCCAAAACAGCGCAAUCUGUUCGAAACAUUUUAAUCAGAGACAUUUCUUGCAAUGGCGUGUGUUCUGUCGAGUCCUUCUUGUUUUAAUGAAAAAUGCGCAUUCAGCAAAUCAACUUACGUGAUCGUCGUCGCCUCGCGUGACAUCCAAGUUUAUGGCGACUACUGACGAUAUCGAUGAUUUGUUUGUUGUUUGGCUUUCUGUGACAAAGAGGGGGAUCUUUAAUGUUUAGUUACCAGCGUUAAUAUACAUAACGCUUCACAUGGGCCCAUCAUAGUCAAGUCUUACUGGUCGGCGGACUCUAACGUAUUUUCCGCAAAGUUUGAGUGAGGAUAAUAACGAUCCAGGUCACGAACAUUUCUGUGCACAGAUUAAAACAAUCAACAACGAUGGCGUCUGAUUCAGUAAAGAAAGCUAGCGUGAGAGAAGAGCGGUUGCUCUUUAUGCGAGGUGUUGUAGCAGGCAGCGUGUUUUUGUUGCUGGUAGCUCUUCUAGCAGUCUACAGUCCUAUACCAAGACCUCAUCUGCCAAGUUUGGAAGCCUCUAAUUAGUUUUCACGCUCCAGUGGCAAGCUGUUUCUCCUUUUAAUCUGAUUGCAGGUAAGGAUGUUUAACUUUUCUGAGUGCACGUUGUUUCGUUGUUUCGUUGUUUCUUUAAUUUCACGAGUGAAUCAACUUCAGUACAUGUACAGGUGUAUAUACCAAGCGUCCUCAACAUCGUUUCGUUGCGUCCAUAUUGCUGGACUCCUUGCCAUGUCGUUGCAGUCCUUUUACUAUUUCCCCGUUGUCCACCCUAUAUGUUUUGAACUAAAACUUGUUCUGGUGAAACUCUGUUGUCACAGACUCAUAGAUUGCGUGACACAUGUUGGAUUCUGUCAUACGUGCACACUUUUGUCCGUUCCCCGUGUUUUAUAGUAGAUUUACGUAGUAUUUUAGUUUGUUUUAUGUUAGUGGUGCUGUAGUCAUAACCGCCAACACAGUGAUUUCGAGUUUUUAAUGUUAAUGAUUAUGAUACAGUCAGUGAUAGGACGAACUGAGUGUAGCAUUUGUUGCUGAAGCAUUCAAUUUAGCUGUCAAUUCGAAGUCAUUCUCAAAAGUAUCUUCUUCAAUGCUCUUUAUGAUGAUGUACUGUAGCUUACAAUUACAGUGUACAACUGUAUGUGUAAUGCAUGUUACCGCUGUGACAGAAGGAGAAAUUAAGCAAGACGUUGUUUAAUUCAAUGCACAUGUAACACCCGCUAAGACUUCUUUGAAUCUGCCUGCAGGUCUGGUGUGGGUAGAGGCAACCCGAGGACUUACAACAGCAAUUAAUCCUCUGGACAAAGACGCAGAGAAACAGAAUCUCAGUGGGGUAGCUCCUCGUUACGCAUCCAACACACUAGAGCAGUAUCUACUGAGUUCUCAUCUGUCAUCUGAAAACAUGCAUGCUAUUCCAGUGCUGGUGAUUCUCUUCAUGUUUGGUCGCCUCACGUUCGCCCUUGGCUACAAAUACUAUCAUGCUUAUCGGGCAUUUGGGCAUAUGAUCACACCUUCCCGACUGUUUAUUUUAUGUGUAUUGUGUAUACAGCUUCGCCAGGAAUAA